AUCCGUUAAAAUUAGAGGGAGCAGUCGAAAGCCACAGGAAUCAAAGGUAACAGCCAUGGCUAUGGCAUGGACGAUGAUUCUCUCUCCUCCUUCUUCAUAUUCUUCUUUUCACACUGCUCUGGUUUUGCCUUCUCUCAGACCUCUCUCCAAUUCAACACUUCCUUUUCGAACCUUCACAAAGAAGAAGACUCUGAACUCUUGGAGACCUCUCUCGGUUUCAGCUUCGGCUUCUUCUGGCCUUCGCGCUCUCAUAUUUGACUGCGAUGGAGUCAUACUCGAGUCUGAGCACUUGCACCGUCAAGCUUACAACGAUGCUUUUGCCCAUUUCAAUGUUCGAUGUACCACUUCGCCGGAGCCCCUCAACUGGGGUUCUGACUUUUACGACGUGCUUCAGAACCAAAUCGGCGGUGGAAAACCCAAAAUGCGAUGGUAUUUUAAGGAGCAUGGAUGGCCUUCCUCGACGAUCUUCGAGACGCCUCCGGAAGAUGACGAGAGUCGAGCUAAAUUGAUCGAUACUUUGCAGGAUUGGAAAACUGAAAGAUACAAGGACAUAAUCAAGUCUGGAACUGUGGAACCUAGACCUGGAGUUUUGAGACUAAUGGACGAGGCCAAGGCUGCUGGAACAUUGCUUGCGGUUUGCUCGGCAGCAACCAAGAGUUCAGUCGUUCUAUGUCUUGAAAAUCUUAUUGGCUUAGAGCGGUUCCAAGGUCUUGAUUGCUUCCUUGCUGGUGAUGAUGUUAAAUUGAAAAAACCAGAUCCUUCUAUUUAUUUGACAGCUGCUGAGAGGUUAGAUGUACAAGGAAUAGAAUGUCUAGUUGUGGAAGACAGUGUCAUUGGCUUACAGGCAGCAACAGGUGCUGGGAUGCCAUGUGUAAUUACCUAUACAUCUUCAACAGCUGACCAGGAUUUUAAUGAUGCAAUAGCAAAAUAUCCUGACUUGAGCAAUGUGAGGUAUGAAGUCACAAACUUGACUUUAAUGGUAACACGUUAUUUUGUUAGACCAAUCAAUUAAUUUCGUUAUACAUUUUUUUUUAUGUCAUCUGUGCAGAUUAAAAGACUUGGAACAAUUACAUCAAAAAGUUGCCACUACCAAAUAGAAAAUUUGUUAUCUUUUUAUUUAUUUUUGGAAUUGCAUGAUUUUCUUAUUUGGAUUUUUCUUGGAAAGUAUUGCUAUAGAGAUGCCUUGGCAAUUUCCUUUGAUUGAUUGACUGAAAUGAUUUUGUUGUAAAUUUGGCAAAAUUAAAUUCAAUACGAAAGAAAGCCUGUGUACCAAA